CAGGAUGAAGGUAUCCCUCCCCACCUACUAAGAGAGUACAUCGGUGCGCAGCAGCCAGCGCAGGCGCAGACACAAAUCAUCCCACGACCUGCUCAUCUCGGCGGUGCGCAAGUUCCCGCCAGAUUGCCCUACCAAGUACAAGCUGAGAACCAAUACCAACCUAGACCUCAGUACCAACCGCAGCCGCAGCCGCAACAACAGCAGUACCGUCAGCAGUACGCGCAGGAAGCUCCCCAGCGCACCCCUGAGGACUAUGACCCUCAUCCAUCUUACCAAUUCGGAUUCGACGUGAACGACGACCAGUACACCAACUACCAGAACCGCAAGGAACAGAGAGACGGUGACGUCAUCAAGGGUUCUUACUCUGUGGUCGAUAGCGAUGGUUUUGUGAGGACGGUCACAUACACCGCCGACCCUAAGGAGGGAUUCAAGGCUGAGGUUUCAAGAAAGCCGACCGACAUCGUAGUAAAGAUCCCCACCCCCAGGCCCCAGGGUUUGGAGCAGCUAGGUCACCAGCAGCCGCAACCGCAAAUUCAGCACCAACAGCAACCGCAGCACCAACAGCAGCCGCAACACCAGGUCUCCCCGCAGUACUAUCCUCGUUACGAACAGUAAACUAUAAAUAGUUACACGUGUAAUAAUAAUGUCUAGAAUUAUAAACAAAGAUUUCUGAACAUACUAAGUUAAACAUAUUUUCCAAUAAGCAGAACCCAAUUUUAGGGCAAGAAACACUCGUCUGAAGUUAAUAUAUCCUUUGUCUCCCAAGUAGCUGGUUGUUGGUUUCUGGGAUGAAAAUCACCUUUUGGAACAAAUUGUUAUGUCUGUUUCUUCAAAGAUAAUGAAAUAUAAAUACCUUCAAACUUAUAUGACCCGGUGGGCAUAAGUCAAACUAAAUUAUGAUAGCUCACUAACGCCCCCUAUCAAUAUCAAAAAAGUGUCUCGUCGUACUAUAGCUGUCUUAUCAUGUUUUUACUUUUCUAUUCUUCUGUAGGUUUUACAUAUUUUGGCGCAAAACGCAUCUCACCGGGCCAGAUAUAAUUGUUUGAAUAUAAUAAAAUUAUUCCUAUUUUAAAUUUUAAAAUCAUCAGUCGUAAAUUCUUUUGUGCCAUGAGUAAACGUGAAAUAAUUAAAUUGCAUGACGAACUACGAACAUUUACAAAAUUCCCAAUAAAAUACAAAUAAUUUCGAUGAAAUCAUAAAAUAUUUACAUUAAAUGUAUUUUUAUAUUUUUAGAAGUUGGAAAGAAAAUCCUAUUACUUUUAAGUAUACUUUAAAAAGGUUAUUAAAGACAUUAUUAUUAUAACAUAGCUUAUAAGUAGAUGGUAAAAAAAUACCUAGGCUAAAUUAGAAAAUAAACAAUUGAGUCAUGCAAAAGAUCAUAAAUAAAUUAUACUUUGUAAGAAUUCAUUCACAAUUAAUAUUUAGUCAAACUGUAAAUAUAAAUUUUGUAUUGAAAUGAUAAUAAAAAUUAUUAUACUACUAGUAUACCAACACAA